CGCGUGAAAAAAAGUUCUUGGUUGCAGUCGUCAAAAGACCUCUGCACAUACUGUACCUGUCAUUGCUCACACGUCGAAUAUUGCUUCAGUCGCAAGAAUCUCGAGCGCAUCCUGCUCGAGUCUGCGCUGAUAAUCAAUUUGCAUCACGGUGUCCUCUAGAUCCUUCACGACGCUCUUCACUUCUCCACUCCGCAUUUCGAUCCUUGCAGCCGGACCUGCACUUGAGCCUUGCUCGAAGCCAGUCUUCUCGAAAACCACCGCGGUCCUUUUUACCCAUACUUCACAGAAGCGCGGCUACGCUAAGAGAAAGAUGCCUCCUAAGAAAGCGGUCAAGGAAGAAAAGAUUUUACUGGGCAGACCAGGCAACAGUCUGAAGAGUGGUAUCGUUGGCCUGGCUAAUGUCGGCAAAUCUACACUGUUCCAAGCCAUCACAAAAUGCUCGCUGGGCAACCCUGCAAACUUUCCUUAUGCGACCAUAGAUCCUGAAGAGGCCCGGGUUAUUGUCCCCGACGCUCGGUACGAUUGGCUAUGCGACCACUACAAGCCCAAAUCACAAGUCCCUGCCAAUUUGACAGUAUAUGAUAUCGCUGGCUUGACUCGAGGCUCUUCGACAGGUGCCGGUCUUGGAAACGCAUUCUUGUCUCAUAUUAGGGCGGUUGAUGCCAUCUUCCAAGUCGUGCGAUGUUUCGAUGAUGCCGAGAUCAUCCACGUUGAGGGAGAUGUCAACCCAACUCGAGAUUUGGACAUCAUCUCUGAAGAGCUGAGGUUGAAGGACAUUGAGUUCGUCGAGAAAGCCAAAGAGAAUCUGUCGAAACAGACGAGGAGAGGUGGACAAAGUCUGGAGAUGAAGAAGUUGAAAGAAGAAGAGGCCACUGUUGACAAAAUCCUGCAAUGGCUGCAAGACGGCAAGGACGUCAGGAAGGGUGACUGGAGUCCAAAAGAGGUCGAAGUCAUCAAUCCCCUGUUCCUGCUCUCCGCCAAACCAGUGGUGUACCUCGUCAACCUUUCGGAAAAGGACUACAUCCGACAAAAGAACAAAUACUUGCCUAAAGUCAUGGAGUGGCUCAAGGCCAACGCUGCGGGCGAUCCGAUCCUGCCCAUUUCUGUGUCAUUCGAGGAACGUCUUGCCGCCAUGUCCGAUGAAGAGGCGGCCGAGGAAUGCAAGAACUUGAACACCAAGACAGCCCUUCCCAAGAUCGUCGUCACAAUGCGUCAAGCACUGAAUCUUGCCAGCUUUUUCACAACAGGUACAGAUGAAGUUCGGCAAUGGACGAUACGGAAAGGAAUCAAGGCACCUCAGGCGGCCGGCGUCAUUCACACUGACUUCGAAAAGACUUUUAUACAGUGUAUUGUCUACAACUUCGACCUGCUGAAAGAAUAUGGAAACGAAAACGACGUGAAAUCAGCAGGCAAGGUCAUGACCAAGGGCAAGGAUUAUGUCGUGGAAGAUGGCGAUAUCCUUCUCAUCAAGGCUGGUGCAGCGAAGGCUUGAGCUGGUCCCACCAUUCGCGAUUGAGAUGCUCACUGUUUGAUUCCGGUGAAGUUUGAGCAUUUGAUCAUGGUAUCCUCAGAGAUGUCCUGGAUUCCAUCAGAAGCCUUAAC